CAGCACCAGUACCUUCAAAGAGCACCAGACCAGAUCACUCAUUCAAUCACCUACUCCCACGCUCGUCACCAUGCUGUCGUCUCUGGGAAACCCGAGGCAAAGCCUCGCGCAAGUCCUCAAUUUCGCCCUCGUCCUGUCCACGGCGUUCAUGCUCUGGAAGGGUCUCUCGGUGUUUACUGCGUCUAGCUCCCCCAUCGUGGUCGUCCUAUCCGGCUCGAUGGAACCUGCCUUCCAGCGAGGCGAUCUGCUGUUCCUCUGGAAUCGCAGCCCCCGGGCCGAACUCGGCGAGGUCGUGGUCUACAACGUGAAAGGAAAGGAUAUCCCGAUCGUGCAUCGCGUGGUCCGCACGUAUCCCGAGGUGGAGGGGAAGGCGAAGAAGGUCAAGGAGGUUUCCGAAUCCUCGCCCGCGCCGAACAACAUGCUUCUCACCAAGGGCGACAACAACCUCGCCGACGACACCGAGCUCUAUGCGCCCGGGCAGGACUAUCUGAACCGCGCGGAGGACAUCGUGGGCAGCGUGCGAGGGUAUAUUCCCGGGGUGGGCCAGAAGCGCAUCGCCAAGGAACUAUCCGAGCUCAUCGAGUCCCCUCCCGACGGCAUCUCGGUCGAAUUAGCCGAUGAAUCGAACAUCUACGAAUGGAAGGUCUACAUGGACGGACCGGAGGGGUCACCAUACCACAAAGGCCGCUUCCUCAUGAAACUCAGCCUCCCGACGGAAUACCCGUUCAAGCCGCCCGCGGUGUCGUUCGGGACGAAGAUCUACCACCCCAACGUGACCAACGACGAGAAGGGGAGCAUGUGUCUGGGGAUGCUGAAGUCGGACGAGUGGAAGCCCAGCUCGCGGAUCGGCGCGGUGCUGGAGUUUGCGCGCCAGCUGCUGGCGGAGCCCAUGCCUGACGACGCGGUCGAGGGGCGCAUCGCCGAGCAGUAUAAGAAUGAUAAGAGUCGGUAUGAGGAGAUCGCGAAGGAUUGGACGAGGAAGUAUGCGACGGCGUAGGAUCAUGGGUGUUAGUGGAAGGGGUGGGUUUGGACAGGGAAAUACCUAUAAAAGGUCCUUGGGUCGGAGCAAAUGGAACGAAUAGGAGGAUAUACUUGGGAACGCAGGGCAAACACGGAUGGAUAUGGGAUGAGAUCUCUUAGAAAUAGAACAGAUCGAUCGGUGAUCUGGGAUGAUCAUGCAGAGAUGGGCUGAGCUGAGCUGAGCUGAGCUGGCUGGCGUAGGUGUGAAUACAGAUCUAUUACAGUUCUACUGGCUGUCUAUCUAUAUCUAAGGACACAAUAACC